AUAGUUUUUUACAAUCUUCACAAGGAUUCUUGCCACUUGACUAUAGCCAAGAUGAAUUACAAGAAGAUUUAAUAAAUGUUGAGGACAUGAUUUCAUCAGAUGAUGAAAAAGAACACGGCAAUGAUCCCGUGUUCGACUUAGAGCAAAGCCUAUACGAGUAUGCUCUAGCUUCAGCAGAAUUUAAAAAUGACCCAUGGAAAGAAUUUAGUGCGGAAGACAUACCAAUUUUGCAAGAAAUAAGUAACGAGGAAACUGGCGAUGAAUAUAUUGAAGAGAUUCCCGUGAUUAAUACAAAACAAACUACACCAUGCAUCAUAAUCAAUAAUGAUCAUGGAGAAAUACAAUGCUGUAAUAGAGAAUCUGCUAAGAGAUUGCGAGAAUUAAUCAGUGUCUGGGAAAUUGACGAAGAUGCUGUUAAUGAUGUUAAUAAAGAACUUCAUCGUAAAGCAGACCCGGAAUGCACUGCAAUGCAUUUAGGUGAUACUGAAACUACGCUUCUCCAUUUUGCAAAGCUAAUUGAAAUGGUGGCAUACUCAGAAAAUGAUAUAAUAAAAAAGAAUUUACUUCAAGACCUCGUUCUAUGCAUAGAAAAUUUUAAUCUGGAUUCGUCUUCUGCAUCAUCUAGCAAAUUACCAAGCUUGUUUGUUGUUAAUACAAUUCUCAAAAUUAAAAAAAUUGAUUUUUCUAAACAACAACUUAUACAAAAACCCAAAAAAUAUGAAGAAUUUGGAAAAUUACUUGCCCUUGAAGUUUUAAAAUCACACACCAGCUUAGCACCUUAUAAGUCAAUAUUAGAAAGUCCCGAUUCUUUGCAGCAGUAUUAUGAAGCAAUACCAAAAUGCUUAACAAGCCUUUUUUAUAGUUUAAUUCGUACUUUGCUAUUUCAAAAAUAUGAAAUUGUUAGACAAAAACAAAAAGAACGCAAAAGCACUAUAACUGAAUUUGAUGAAAGCGAAAUAGUGAAAAGCACAGCAUUCUUGUUUUCUAUAAUUUUAACAACCACAUUUAAAGGCUGGAAAUUUUGGCUUCCACAAGUAAUUGGAUCUUUCUCACUAUUAGCUAGUUAUGUUGAACUGUGUGGAAAAAAUCCAUUUGUAGAAAAGUGGAUGGAAAAUCUUACUCAAAUCUUUAGACGGUUAAUGGCAGAAUAUCCGAUGGAGUUUACUAUGGAUGAAAUAAACAUUGCACUCAAAGAAGCAAAAAACGUGAUACAAGAGGACGAAGAUCAAAGGAUUUGGUACCUUACUAUGUUGGAAGAAAGGCAGCUAAAAGUAAAAAGCGAAGUAUGGAAGAAAUCGAAUCCGAUUAAAGUUGAUUUAAAAAGAUGUUUUAUAAACUUUACCUUCUUAUGCUCUGUGUUUAUAUUCGAAAAUAAUCUUGGGUGGGAAGCAAAACUCUCUACUAAUCUUGAGGCACCAAUCGUUCAACAAGAGAUCUCACGAAAAUGGUCAAAUAAACCACGGUUCUAUAGUGUAAAGCGGGUAGAAUAA